CGGCGAUGGUGGCUAUGGUGACAUGGAACGGGAAGCCGAAUUCGAUUUACAGGAGGAAAAUGAUUGGCAGGAAGACGAGGAAGAUGUGUACAUGGAAAGAGACACAAACUACCAAUUUUUUGACAACAUAUCGUUGCAGGAAGGACUUCGUUAUGUUGCCGUAACGAAAAAUCUGUCCCGAUCUACGGUCAACAUGAUUCUGGGUCUGUUGCGAAGAAAGCUGAAGCUCUGCCUUCCUGCUGACGCUCGAACCCUCUUAAAAACGUCCACCAAGGUCGGGAUGGAAAUCCAACCAAUCUUGGGUGGGCAGUUUUGGUAUCAGGGCAUAGAGACCGUGAUAAGAGAACAUUUUGGGUUUUCAUCGAUGGAUUACCCCUUUACAAGAGUUCGGCAAGGCAGUUAUGGCCGAUUCUAUUUAAGGUAGAGGAACUACCAGAUGCACCGGUGAUGCAUGCCGGUGUAUUUUGUGGAUUCACAAAA